AUGGGGGGCAAGUCCGCAACCAAGGCCGCUUACUUCGAUAAGCUGAAGGCCCUUCUCGACGAGUACCGCACCGUCUUCAUCGUCGGUGUCGACAAUGUCAGCUCUCAGCAGAUGCACGAGAUCCGUAUUGCCCUCCGUGGCCAGGGUGUCGUCCUGAUGGGCAAGAACACCAUGGUUCGCCGUGCUCUCAAGGGCUUCAUCACAGAGAACCCCGACUUCGAGCGUCUGAUGCCCUUCGUCAAGGGUAACGUUGGUUUCAUCUUCACCAACGGUGACAUGAAGGAUGUCAAGGAGAAGAUCCUUGCCAACCGUGUUGCUGCCCCUGCUCGUGCCGGUGCCGUCGCUCCCGAUGAUGUCUGGGUUCCCGGUGGUAACACCGGUAUGGAGCCCGGUAAGACCUCUUUCUUCCAGGCUCUCGGUGUCCCAACCAAGAUUGCUCGUGGUACCAUCGAAAUUGUCUCCGACCUCAAGCUUAUUGAGGCCGGUAACAAGGUCGGUGCCUCCGAGGCUGCCCUGCUCAACCUGUUGAACAUCUCUCCCUUCACCUACGGUAUGAGCAUUGUCCAGGUCUACGACCAGGGUCAGACUUUCGGUGCCGAGGUUCUCGAUAUCGAUGACGAGCAGCUCCUCAAGUCCUUCAGCCAGGCUAUUGCUACCAUCACUGCUCUGUCUCUGGCUACCAACAUCCCCACCCUGCCCUCCGUCAUCCACUCCCUCAUCAACUCCUACAAGAAGGUUCUUGCUGUCGCUGUUGAGACCGAGAUCAGCUGGCCCGAGAUUGAGUCCCUCAAGGACCGCAUCGCCAACCCCGACGCUUACGCUUCCGCUGCCCCCGUUGCUGCCGCCGCUCCCUCUGGUGGUGACGCCCCCGCCGCUGCCGCCCCCGCUGAGGAGGAGGAGGCUUCCGACGACGACAUGGGCUUCGGUCUCUUCGACUAA